GUUAGUUACCUGGCUGGCGUUGGGAGCUCUCCUCUAGCUAUUGGAGGAAAGAAAGAAAAGGAAGAGCUCAUUUUUCUUUUGAACUUUAUUAGAAUAACCAGCAGCUUACCUUUCUCAUUUUUUAUUUUUGACCUCUUUUCAAAAAUUUAGUAGAGAGUUGAAGAAAUCUUAAUUUUUAUUGCAAAGGGUCCUUGGAUUUGGGGUUUUGGUAUUUUUACCCCUCGCGUUUCUAAGCCUUAAACCAGUUCAGCCCCAGCAUGGUGAUGUUUAAGAAGAUGAAGUCUUUUGAGGUGGUCUUUAACGACCCUGAAAAGGUGUAUGGCGGUGGAGACAAAGUGGCUGGCCGGGUGAUGGUGGAGGUGUGUGAAGUCACUCGAGUCAAAACUGUCAGGAUCCUGGCGUGCGGAGUGGCCAAAGUUCUCUGGAUACAGGGAUCCCAGCAGUGCAAACAGACCUUGGAGUAUCUGCGUUACGAAGACACGCUUCUUCUGGAAGACCACCCAACAGGAGAAAAUGAAAUGGUGAUCAUGAGACCUGGAAACAAAUAUGAGUACAAAUUUGGCUUUGAGCUUCCUCAGGGGCCUCUGGGAACAUCCUUCAAGGGAAAAUACGGGUGUGUAGACUACUGGGUAAAGGCUUUUCUUGAUCGCCCAAGCCAGCCAACGCAAGAGACUAAGAAACAUUUUGAAGUGAUGGAUUUAGUGGAUGUCAAUACCCCUGAUUUAAUGGUACCUGUGUCUGCUAAAAAGGAUCAGAAAGUUUCCUGCAUGUUCAUUCCUGAUGGUCGGGUGUCUGUCUCUGCCCGAAUUGACAGAAAAGGAUUUUGUGAAGGUGAUGAGAUUUCCAUCCAUGCUGAUUUUGAGAAUACAUGCUCACGCAUCGUGGUCCCCAAAGCUGCCAUUAUAGCCCGCCACACUUACCUUGCCAAUGGCCAAACCAAGGUGCUGACACAGAAGUUGUCAUCAGUCAGAGGCAAUCAUAUUAUCUCAGGAACCUGUGCAUCAUGGCGUGGCAAGAGCCUCCGGGUACAGAAGAUCAGGCCUUCUAUCCUGGGCUGCAACAUCCUUCGAGUUGAAUACUUCUUACUGAUCUAUGUUAGUGUCCCUGGCUCCAAGAAAGUCAUUCUUGACUUGCCCCUGGUAAUUGGCAGCAGGUCAGGUCUGAGCAGCCGGACAUCCAGCAUGGCCAGCAGAACCAGCUCUGAAGUGAGUUGGGUAGAUCUAAACAUCCCUGAUACCCCAGAAGCUCCUCCUUGCUAUAUGGAUAUCAUUCCUGAAGAUCACCGAUUGGAGAGCCCUACCACACCUCUGCUGGAUGACACAGAUGUUUCUCAAGACAGCCCUAUUUUUAUGUAUGCUCCUGAAUUCAAGUUCAUGCCACCACCUACUUAUACUGAGGUGGAUCCCUGCAUCCUCAACAACAAUGUGCAGUGAGCACGUGGAAGCAAAGAAACAGUUGUACCUACCCACUUGUUUCUUUCUGCCUCUCUUCCUGGACUUUUACUUUUUCAGAGACUCAAUAGUCUCUACAGUGGGGUAUGGGUCCACCCCAGCCUCUUGACACCUCCUGUAGGAGGUAUCAGCAAGGCAGUCUCUUGGGCCUUUAAAGAGUGCACACUCAUCCUCACAGCCUUUGAGAUGUGAUAUGGGGAUGUUUGUUGGAUGGGUUUAAAAACACUAGAAAAACUCAAGCCCAUCCGAUUUUCUCAGAUCUUGAAAAUUGAGGCAUUUUCAGUAGUUCUGGGUAAGGGACAGAAAUGGCCUCCUGGCAUGGUCUUUCCCAAGGAUUUUUGGAUUGCUAACAACAUUAGAUCUUGAACUUCAUGCCAUGUGGAGCAGACCCAACUUAGCAAACCAGGAAAAUGAAAAAAUUCAUGGCCAAAAAUUUGGGAAAAAAACAUUCUUAAAAUCAGUGUUGCCCUUUGUACAUUUACAAGAAAAACUCUACAGAGCUCUUCUUGAGAGAGCUUCCUAUGUGAAUUAAAGGGAAAAAGCUCUAAGGUUGUCUAUGCUUAGAAUAUAAUCUGGCUCACAGCAGUAGUAACUGCCGCGCCAAAAGUCUUAAAAGCCAUUCUUAGAGCCUAUUGCACUGUGUUCGCCUGUUGCAGACAUUUUCAUGUGGGAGAAUGUUUCUCUUUUCAUGUGACUACUUGGAAUUGAUUCUGAGGUGAUAUUCUUAGCACUUUAGUUCCUGUCAAAUUUUGGGGGUUUCUUUUGUAUCUCAAAAGUAAGCUAAAACUGAUCUACUUUGCUUUAGGGAUAAGCACAAUGACAAAAAAAAGUGUUACUCAUUACUUUUGAGACUGUUCCAGUGUACAGAAUUCUGUAAUUCUUACACUCUAAUUAUAUGAGGAGGGUUGCUGCUAUCAGCCUUGCCCACUGUGACUUCUCCACACUCCAGGAGGAACUCUAGAUCAGGAUGCCCCAACACUGAGAUCUAGAGGGCAGGUCUUCAUGAAAGUCCCGUGGGCUGUCUUCCUGCCCAAUGUUAGGACAUAGGAUGUCAACAGCCCUCUCACUGCAGCCCCUAUCACUUGGUCAGUCACUUUCAGCCUUAGCACUUUGUUCACUGUCCUGUGGCAGAGCACUGAGCCUCUACCCUUUUCUAAGAAGGUAUGUUGGCUGAAGGUUGUUUCAUUUUUUUGUUUUUUAAUUGUGUAUCUUUUUGUAUUAUAAAAAAACUAUAUUUUGUACCUAACCAGAUAUAUUUUCACCCCAUGUGGAGAUACUCUUUGUAAAAAAGAUAAAAUAAAAUAAAAAAAUUUAAAUGUAAAAA